AUGUAUACAAUCAUAUUGGCAACGCUCAUCAUAUUGUGCCGCUUCGCCAGCGCCAUAGGGGAAAACACGUCCAAGCUCAGUGUCCGCAAGGAAAACUUCAACAUACGCCGAGCUCGUCCCACUCCCGAAUCGCGAGCCUUCUCCAAGCGCUCAAUCGACUACUCCAUCGUUGCUUCCUUUAAAGCCCAGCAAACUAUCAGGGGACAUGCCGUCGUCUUGAAGUCCGAUAGUCAUAGAUUCGUCUUUACCGCCCUUGAAGCGACGGACGAACAUCGGCCUGCACACGUCAGCUUCGAGAUUACGUCGGGCAGCACAGACUCAUCAAAUGAGAACCCUGCAGGAGCCAACGAGAUAUGGGUCACUGUCGGUUGGUCGGAGCGCCCACAGGCAGUGAGCAAACAAGUCGAAGGAUGGCCUCGUCGAUGCUGCCUCGCGGACAUUGAUAUCACCUUUUCGGUAGCAGUCAAAAUUAAUUCGGCUCGCACCACAAGCAAGCUGAAACUUCUCUGCGGACCGAUCUAUGCUUUGACAUAUGGCGAUCCUGCAUGCGAGCCUGCGAUCGAAACCGAUGUACCUGCCGGAAGCAUCAAGCACAAGAUCCAGAAUACUUACGGAUAG